CGCCUUCUCUGCAGUUGUCCUACUGGAUUCGAAGGAAUCGCAAGCGGAGCUGGGCUGGACCUCGCACCCGUCGAACGGGUGGGAAGAAAUCAGUGGGGUGGAUGAGAAUUACAAGCCGAUACGCACGUACCAGGUCUGCAAUGUCAUGGAGCCAAACCAGAACAACUGGCUGCAGACAGGCUGGAUUGCCCGGCGCGAUGGCCAGAGGAUCUUCAUCGAACUGAAGUUCACCUUGCGGGACUGUAACAGCAUCCCUGGCGUGAUGGGCACCUGCAAGGAGACUUUCAAUCUGUACUAUGUCGAGUCCGACUUUGACCUGGGCCGUAGUGUCCAUGAGAGCAAGCACACCAAGAUCGACACCAUCGCUGCUGAUGAGAGCUUCACGCAGGGGGACCUGGGUGAGCGUAAGAUGAAGCUGAACACCGAGCUGAGGGAGAUUGGGCACCUGAGCAAGAGAGGCUUCCACCUUGGCUUCCAGGACGUGGGUGCCUGCGUGGCGCUGGUCUCCGUGCGAGUCUAUUACAAGAAGUGCCUCGCUACUGUGCAGAACCUGGCUGUGUUCCCGGACACAGUGGCAGAGACGGCCUUUGCCACUCUAGUGGAAGUGAAGGGCACUUGUGUUGCUCACGCCGAAGUGGAUGUGGAUAAUCCCCCCAGGAUGCACUGCAGCGCUGAGGGCGAGUGGCUGGUCCCCAUCGGGAAGUGCACGUGUGGUCCUGGCUUUGAGGAGAAGGACGGGGGAUGCAGAGCUUGUCUUCCUGGAUUCUACAAGCUUUCCCCCCGUCUCCCUCUCUGCUCUCCUUGCCCUGAGCACAGCUUUACGCAUGAGGAAGCCUCCACGUUCUGUUCGUGCCAGAAGAACUACUCCAGGUCUCCGUCAGACCCACCAUCUGCCUCCUGCACACGCCCACCCUCCGCCCCGAGGAACCUGGUCUACAGCCUGCAGCAGUCAUCGCUGGUGCUGGAGUGGAGUGCCCCAGCGGAUGCAGGCGGCCGGAGCGACCUGACCUACAGCCUGUGGUGCGGCCGGUGCCCCGCGGCUCUGCGGGGCCGCUGCGAGCAGUGCGGCAGCAGCGUGGGCUUCGUGCCGCAGCAGACGGGGCUGGUGGAGCGCACCGUCACCCUCGUGAACCUGCUGCCCCACGUCAACUACACCAUCCGCGUGGCUGCCGUCAACGGCGUCUCGGGUCUCAGCCCGCUGGCGGGGCAGCAGUACGCCGAGGUCAACGUCUCCACCGGCCUCGCAGCAUCAAAUCCUAUCACUGACAUCCGCACAGAUAAAGUUGAGCAGAAGAGCAUCUCCUUGUCGUGGCAGGAGCCGGGCUUCCCAACCACAAACGGCACCGAGUACGAGGUCAAGUACUACGAGAAGGAUCAGAGAGAUCAAAGUUACUCAACUGUGAAAACCACAUCAACAGCCGUGACGGUCAAUAACCUGAAGCCUGGCACCCUCUAUAUUUUCCAAAUCCGGACAUCUUCCUCUCCAGACUACGGGAACUACAACCCUAGUAUCGAAGUGGAGACACUGGCAGAGUUGACAGUGGCCUCCAGCGAGCAGAACCCCGUCCUCAUCAUCGCGGUGGUGACCAUCGCGGGGCUGACGGUGCUGGUGUCCAUGGUGAUCGGCACCAUGGUCUGGAGGAGACAGUGUGGAUACAGCAAAGCCAGCCAGGAUGGGGACGAGGAGCUGUACUUCCAUUUUAAAAUACCAACCAGGAGGACGUACAUCGACCCUGACACUUGUGAAGACCCCAUGCAGGCCGUGCACCUCUUUGCCAAAGAGCUGGAUAACGCUAGUAUUAAAAUUGAGAGGAUCAUUGGGACAGGAGAGUUUGGAGAGAUCUGCCGGGGAUGCCUGAAGCUGCCCAGCAAGCGGGAGCUGCCGGUGGCAAUCCAGACCCUGCGGGCAGGGUGCUCGGAGAAGCAGCAGCGUUCCUUCCUGGCAGAGGCGUGCACCAUGGGCCAGUUCGAUCACUCCAAUGUCAUCCGCCUGGAGGGGGUCAUCACCAGAGGGAGCACCAUGAUGAUAGUGAUGGAGUACAUGGGGAAUGGUGUGCUGGACUCUUUUCUCAGGAAACAUGAGGGACAGUUCACGGCCACCCAGCUGGUUUGCAUGCUGCAGGGGAUUGCCUCUGGCAUGAAGUACCUGGCGGAGAUGGGUUACAUACAUAAAAACCUGGCUGCCCACAAAGUCCUCGUGAACAGCAGCCUGGCUUGCAAAAUAACUGGUUUCAGACGGCCACAGGAGGAUAAGAUGGAGACCAUCUUCUCCACCAUGCGUGGGAAGAGCCUGGUGCUGUGGUCAGCCCCUGAAGCCAUCCAGUAUCACCACUUCAGUCCAGCCAGCGACGUGUGGAGCUUCGGCAUUGUCAUGUGGGAAGUCAUGUCCUAUGGCGAGAGACCCUACUGGGACAUGUCCAACCAGGACGUGAUGAAGGCUGUGGAGGACGGGUUCCGCCUGCCCGCCCCGGUGAACUGCCAGCCACCCCUGCACCAGCUCAUGCUCGACUGCUGGCAGAAGGACCGCAGCCAGAGACCCAAGUUCUCGCACAUCCACAACAUCCUCAGCAAGUUGGUGCAGAGCCCGGAGCCCCCAAAGUGCCCCAGCUCCACGUGCACCAGGUCCCACAGUACGUCCAUCCCCCUCACUGAGCGAACCUUCUCAGCCUUCCCAUCUUUCAGCUCCGUAGGCGAGUGGCUGGAAGCGAUAGAAAUGGGCAGGUACAAAGACAACUUCACUGCUGCGGGCUACUGCUACCUGGAAUCGGUGGCCAGGAUGACAGCCCAGGACAUCCUCAGCCUGGGCAUCACGCUGGCGGAGCACCAGAGCACCAUCCUGAGCGGGAUCCAGACGCUGCGGGCGCAGGUGAUCCAGAUGCAUGGCCGAGGUGUUCAGGUGUGAAGCGGAGCCCUGCGGUGGUGCAGAGCACUGACCCGGGAGCAGGCAGCUGCCCGGCCCCACACCGGACCAGAGGUGGGAUGUAGGAAUCACUGAGCUGCUGCCAAACCAGUCAUUCCACGUGGCAAGAGAGCAGGGUGUCAGGAAGCCAAGGAUUCCCGGGAUGCGUGCCUCGGUGGAUGUGGCUCUCCCUAGCACUGUUUUGUGUGAUGAGUCAAACUGAUGAUGCCAUUUCAUAUGGUGAUUGGGUUAACAGGGUGGACGGACGUUUGUGCACUGUCUUAAUCCAGAGCUGACAGCGUUUUCAUACCUAGCAUCCUACUGGUGAGAUCCAUGGGUAUUUUUAUACAAGCUGACAUGUUCAGGCAACCCCACAAGGAGCUUUUUAUUGCUUUUAUUUAUAGAGACCGGAGCACAGCUCCCACCCAGCGCCCAACUUCUGGAAGGUGACUUUUCCCAUCUGCUGUGCUGAAGGAAACUCUUUCCCAGCCACCCCCCUUCUGCUCUGAGUUACUUCCCUGCAUCUUGACGCCACAGUUGGUGAACAAAACCAAAAUACUCUCCACUAAAGUGCAGAGCAAACGGUGCUGAAUGUUUCUAAGGCUCUCUUGACAAGAUAAUUUCAGGGGAAGAAAUGAAAAGCUUUGAUGAGGAGAGCCAUAACCAAGAGAGGUCAAGCAGUGGAGCCCUUGGGCUGCUCUGCUGAUGCUCUCAGCCUUUUGUGCAGGUCCCAGUCCCUUGUUUUACUGCUGGAGCCCAGCAGUGGGCUGGGAACUUACAGACCAGAGCAGCAGCAGGCAGCAUGCCUGCUGUGUUAUGAAUAGCACUAAUUCAACCCACAGCAGCAGCAGGAGCCUCCUGAUUCAGCCAGAAAUGGGAUAGAAACCCAGGAAUUGGUUUGGGGUCAGAGAGACAUCAGGCAAGGCUGUGCUUUGGGGGGGGAUGCUUCCCAUGUCCUCACUGAAGUGUACCCCUGGCCACUGGAAGGGCCACCUUAGCUGUGGUGAGUGCUUUUCCCUUCCUCCUCCAGUUGCCCCAUGCCUGGCCGGGAGCAAGGAAUGCCUGGCUCUGCUGUGCCAGGGCAUUGAUCUUCCACCUCAAAUUAAUGGCUGGGCAGAGGUCCAGCCCACAGCACUCCCCACAGCACCCACAGUCUCUGCAGUGGCGUGCACCCCAGGUCUCUGGGUAUCCCUCUGUUUGCUGGAGGGACCACACACCCCAGCUGGGUGCUGGGGCUUGGGCAGAACUGAUCCUUGCAUCCGUGGGAUCCCUGGAAUCCUGCUGUGCAAUCCAGGCAAACCAGGGCACAUCAGCACUUUACUUGUUGCAGCAGGAGCGCAGUACUGCCUGCCUUGCACGCUGGCAGUUCCCACUGCUGCAGGCCUGAUCCCUGACAGAAGACAUAAAUAGCAUCUACUUAAUAAUACAAGUUUCCUUGAAGUUGGUUAAUUAAAUGGGUCUUUCUUUGCAGCCUUGUACGGAGUUUUGUAGGCCUUUUAUUGCCAUCUGUAAGUAUUGCAAGUGAAUUAUUGAUGAUGAAAGGCAAAGAUUUACAAAGGGAAUGAAAGCUGUGAGAGAUGUUCACAGUGUGGUUGGAAAUCUGUUGGAGUCGGAUCCUCCUAUUAGCCUGCUCUGAGAGGAUGAGUUGCUAAAUGGUGGUUGAGAGAAAGGCCUUAAGUGUUGGCACAGACGUCUUUGUUCCUUCCUGGUCAAGCAGAGCAGCAUGACCAUAGGCACUGGUGGCAGUGGUAAACAAGCUCUCUCCUUCCUGCCCCCUCUGCACUUUAAACAAUAUUCCCCAGUGUCACUUGGUUGGUUUUAUAGCAGAAAUAACUUGUCUUUAAGUUUGGCCCUUGCCUGGUCUGGUUGGUCACUCACCAUCCCGCUGUUUCACACCCAGAAGAGUAAUAAUGGUGAACUGAAACCUUCAUUUGGUAGAAAUGCCAGAUCCCAAGGAUCAAGUGCAAUUUGUAUGCUCUUUAUGUUUACAUUUUAUCAAUAGAGAAAGUAUAUUAUAGUUCUCUAGGCAGGGAGCUGAACCAACUUGAUUCUGGAUCCUCUCCCCCGUCUCCCUGCUCUGGUCCCGUCCGUUGGGAUUUCCAGCAGCCUCCUGUGUCAGGAUGCAGGGAGCCGUGUUGGGACAUCAUUGCUAGAUAGGCUUGCUCCAUGAAAGCUCCAUGCAGCUGCUUUCAGGAAGGCCCAGGGCUUUGUGACAAGGUGACAGAGUGCCUCAGCGUUUGGGAAAUGGACUUUGCUGUGAGCAAACCCCCGAGCACAGACCAAAGUUACGGGUGAGAGGAGGCACAUCCUGCUCUCAGACCUGCUCCUUAGUCCCUCUGAGCAUUGCCUGGCUGGAGGGAGAAACCUUAGCACAGCUUAUCUAAACUCAUGGCUGUUUCUCUGGGGCUACAGGGACCGGUGGCUUCCCAGGAGCCAUGGGUCCCUUGGGAAGCUGCUGUGGCCAUGCAGGCAGGGGUUCCUGCUCUCCUAAGGGAGCUGAGCUCUGCAUGGGGCUGGCAGCCCCACAGCUUCCCAGGCCAUUUGCUUGUGUAGAAUCAUAGAAUAGUUUGGGUUGGCAAGGACCUUAAGAUCAUCCAGUUCCAACCCCAUCAUGUGGUUGUACAAUACUAGAAUAAUCCAAGCAAAAAAGAGACCAUCUUUCAAUCAUUUCUUUAGCGUUUCCCCCACUGAAUUAGGCUCCCUCUGUUCUCUAGCACAAUCAGAACUGAAGGGGUAAUUUCUUUGUCUGUGUCUCUCUAGCUGUUCCCAAAAGGAAUUCAGUGUUUAAUUACUUUUCUGACUUACUCUGCUGGGAGACUUGGAUGUGGCAUUUCAGAAAGCUGGUUCUGUGGAUGGGACCGUGCUCUAACUCAGCAGAAACAAGAGGUAGUUGCUUUGCUGGCCUCUCCUUUAAGAAAGAAAAGGAAAAGCACAUAAUGAAAGUCUGCUUUCUAGCCUAGCUUGUUGCAGCAAUAAACACUUUUAAUUGAGCUCCUCGUCAACACUGGAGAUAAUAAAAUGAGCAGAUUAAGCUGUAGAUUGUUGUUAUGAUUUUAAAAUUAACUUGGAGCCUCUCAGCACCUCUCUUUGGGGAAGCAUUCAAUGCCUUAUAAUUAAAUUAAUUAGCAACACUGUUUUGAAGCUGCCUGACCAAGACAAAUGCCUCAAAAUGAGUUUGGUCUCUUUGGCCAUCCAGCCUCUGAUGUGCUUCCCUUGGUGUGGGGAAGCCCUGAUAACAUCGGUGCUACUAAGGGUUCAGGGCAGGCUGACCACACUUGCCUUCUCUGCAGCAGCAUUAGUGUUAAUGGGCUUGUUCAGAGAAGAAAAGAGAGUAAUGAGUAUUCUGUGAUCUGUGGGCUUUGCUGGAGCUGAUAAAUGCAGUUACAUGACGAUAUGAUUUUAGAUGUUCAGGCAGAGUGGAGGCCAGUUGUGAAUUAGAGGAGCAGAGCAAACGUGUGUGUCUAAGCUCAUGUGUGGACAGGACCAUGGGCUGUUCUUGCACGGGAUGCAAUCCUGAUCCCAGCAAUGUCCCGUUGGCUGUUGGUGCCUUGGACUGUAAAGCAGGAUGCAGUUCCCAUCAUGUGCCCUCUGGAAGAGCAGUGCAGCGGCUGUGCUGUCAGCAGCCAAAGGCUGGGUGCUUUUGGAGGGGCAGCAACACGGACCUGGCAUCCAGCCUCGUGUCACCAGCGUUUGGGAGGUUGGACAUUGCUCUUUGCUGCCCUGAUGCGGUAGCAGGAAACCUCCUGUUUCUGGGCUUUGCUUGAUAUUCCCCGUGGGAACGUCUCCAUUAGAUGUUGGAGUGAGUCCAGUGGAGGCCAUGGAGAUGCUGCGAGGGCUCUGGA